GCUCUGCCAUGGAUGGACCCCUUGCGUUCGGUUACAAAGUUACAUACCAGUGGGUUAUCAGUCGUGCCAAAGAGAUUGGUAUAGAACCCGAGGACGACUCCGUUAGAGCGAGGGCAGAUGUUAUGGUGGACCUGAUAACCACCCUCGCAGCGCAAGUCGGCUUGUUACGGCAGGUCCGGCCAAUCUGUGUCAGGGGCAAAGGUGUUGUUGCUUUCUGCAUCGCCUCCACUGACCCCGGCGACGGGCUACCUCGGAGAGUGACGGAUGCUGCCAAGAUUGAGAAGCUCAGGCAGAUGGUUGGCGCAGACGGGCCUCCGAGCUGGUGGCGGCAGGAUUAGCAAGAUGACCCGCUCAGAUUUGAAUACGACGACAUACGUUUGACGCGUCUAUACGUCGUUAUUGUUAUACUAUCCCUUGAUAAUCUUGUGUUUCGUUCCGACAUCAAUGCCUUGGUCGUCACUUGGGUAAUGUUCUUGCAGUCGCACUAUCAUGUAAGGCUUGAGUGGUUCUC